GGAGUGAUCACGAGUUAUAGACUAACAUGCGGAAGACGGAAUGGGUACAACAGAGAGAGAACACCAGUGAGUAGCUAGCAUAACAUCAUCACUAAGGUAACAUGGAUAGAUCCUACCUGUUCCGGGUUUUGGAUCAGCUAAUCAGGUGUCACAGACUGUCUUCUACACAUAUUAUCAAUAAUAGCUUGCCAAGAAUCACACUUCCCCAGAAAAUGGUCCAAAAGGUUGAAAAAGCCAAGGAAAGAAAAGAAUUAUUGGCACUGCAAAAGAAGCGCCGAUCAACAUUCAAGUCCCCACUGGUGAUAUCGUGCAAGAGAGAGCAGUUCAAUCACCACAAGGGGCAGACAUACAGUGGGUUUGAUCCAAAGAUACUUGCAUCCCACGGCUGGAAGAACAAGCAGUCGGCAGGAGACCACUUCACCCUCGUCCCGUAUAGUCAGAACCCUGCUCUUAAAGGAACAACCCAUCAUCCUAGUUUCACAGAAUUCGAACUUCAUACUGGACUCCAAAAGGGACUUCAUAAGCUGGGAUAUACAGAGCCUACUCACAUACAGGCAAAAACAAUUCCAGCCGUCCUAGAAGGUGACAAUGUCCUGUGUGCAGCUGAGACAGGAAGUGGUAAGACACUGGCCUACCUACUGCCAGCACUGGAGAUGAUCCACCACCAGAAGCUGAGAUAUAGCGGAGACCACCCCCCAAACUCUCCACGGACAAUAAUCCUCACCCCUUCCCGGGAACUCACCGACCAGAUCUUGGAUGUGUGCCAGAGACUGUGUGAACAUACAGAUAUACAACCCUAUGCAAUAUGUGGAGGACGUGGAACUAAGCACCGAUUGGCGUGGGGUGAAAAAGCUCAGAUGGAUAUAUUGAUGGCAACACCAGGUGUUCUGAGGAAGUUCCUGGGGGCAGGGUUAAUGAAGCCAGGAUUCCUGCAGCAUGUCAUUCUAGAUGAGGCGGACUCUCUCCUGGAUGAUAGCUUUUCUUCAGAAGUCAUGUCUAUUCUCCAGAAAUUGAGGGUGACAGCUAGCAGUGGUCAGACAGCAGCUGGACACCAGGAUGGGGCACAGUUCACACUAGUGGGGGCCACCAUCCCCCGAGGCCUGGAGGAGAAGAUUGGAGACACCAUAGCAGUCAACAGUCUUCACAGAGUGACGUCAGAUCAUGUCCACUACCUCAUGCCUCAUGUACCUCAGACCUUCCUCCGACUCAAGCCCUCACAGAAAGCAGAGACCAUUGUGCAGCUUGCCCGCAAGAACCAUCAGAAGGGCCUCCCAACCCUCAUCUUCAGCAACAGGAGUGAGACCAGCUUCUGGCUGAGUGAACUCCUGCGGGAGAACGCUGUCCCAAACGUCUUCAUGAAUGCCGCAAUACAGGAGAAGAGGCUCUCAAGUUUGUUCAGUCGCUUCCAGAGUGGAGAGACGGAUGUCAUGGUAGCAACAGACAUAGCCUCCAGGGGCCUGGACUUACUCAGGGUACAUCACGUGAUCAACUUCGACUGCCCCCCAUUUGUGUCGGACUACAUUCACCGUGCUGGGAGAGUGGGUCGGGUGGGGUCACACACCUCAGGGCAGGUCACAACCUUCAUCACCAAGAAGUGGGAGGUCGACCUCCUGUGGCAGAUUGAGACUGCCGCCCGGAAACACCAGGCUCUGCACAAUGUUAAUGCCAAUAUCAAGAGGAAGAUAUCAUCCAUUAUCGCUCGCAAAUUCCCACACAGAGAUGUUCUAUAGAGGUGGUUUGAAACUUGGUCAAUCUUGUUCUGAUUAAGGGGAGCAAGUGAAUAAUGAGUGAUGCCACACUAAGCCGUAUUCUCACUACUACAUCUGGGUGGCCUGUCAGGGCUGAAAGCUGGACCAGACAAACCUGUGAUUGAAGGCAUGAACACUAUAUGAUCCACAACAAUGUGAAGAUUGUACGGAUUGUAGAUUUAUUGUAAAGAGCAUGUACUGUAAGUGAAAAUAUAAUUGAUCGUACA